AUGAAAGUAUCUACUUCCACGAAGCCCACUCAAACACUCCUUCAUUUAACAGAGCAAAAACGAAAAUACCUACUUUCCUGCAGUACUCAUGAAAGUACCUCUCCUCCCCCUGGAGGCCACAAGAAAGUACUUCUCCUCCCCUGGAGGCUACACGAAAGUACCUCUCCUCCCCUGGAGGCCACAAGAAAGUACUUCUCCUCCCCUGGAGGCUACACGAAAGUACCUCUCCUCCCCUGGUGGCCACAAGAAAGUACCUCUCCUCCCCUGGAAGCCACACGAAAGUACCUCUCCUACCCUGGUGGCCACAAGAAAGUACCUCUCCUCCCCUGGAAGCCACACGAAAGUACCUCUCCUACCCUGGAAGCCACACGAAAGUACCUCUCCUCCCCUGGAGGCCACAAGAAAGUACCUCUCCUCCCCUGGUGGCCACACGGAAGUACCUCUCCUCCCCUGGAGGACACACGAAAGUACCUCUCCUCCCCUGGAGGACACACGAAAGUACCUCUCCUCCCCUGGAGGACACACGAAAGUACCUCUCCUCCCCUGGAGGACACACGAAAGUACCUCUCCUACCCUGGAGGCCACACGAAAGUACCUCUCCUCCCCUGGAGGCCACACGAAAGUACCUCUCCUCCCCUGGUGGCCACACGAAAGUACCUCUCCUCCCCUGGAGGACACACGAAAGUACCUCUCCUCCCCUGGAGGCCACACGAAAGUACCUCUCCUCCCCUGGUGGCCACACGAAAGUACCUCUCCUCCCCUGGAGGACACACGAAAGUACCUCUCCUCCCCUGGAGGCCACAAGAAAGUACCUCUCCUCCCCUGGUGGCCACACGGAAGUACCUCUCCUUCUCUGGAGGCCACAAGAAAGUACUUCUUCCCUGGAGGCCACACGAAAGUACUUCUCCUCCCCUGGAGGCCACAAGAAAGUACCUCUCCUCCCCUGGAGGCCACAAGAAAGUACCUCUCCUCCCCUGGAGGCCACACGAGAGUACCUCUCCUCCCCUGGGGGUCACAAGAAAGUACCUCUCCUCCCCUGAAGGCCACGAGAAAGUACCUCUCCUCCCCUGGGGGUCACAAGAAAGUACCUCUCCUCCCCUGGGGGUCACAAGAAAGUACCUCUCCUCCCCUGAAGGCCACGAGAAAGUACCUCUCCUCCCCUGGAGGCCACACGAAAGUACCUCUCCUCCCCUGAAGGCCACGAGAAAGUACCUCUCCUCCCCUGAAGGCCACAAGAAAGUACCUCUCCUACCCUGGAGGCCACACGAAAGUACCUCUCCUACCCUGGGGGUCACAAGAAAGUACCUCUCCUACCCUGGAGGCCACACGAACGUACCUCUCCUCCCCUGGAGGCCACACGAAAAUGUAUAUCAUUACCACAGGGUUUUAAGAACCGGAAGCUCCAUAACCAAAAUUACGAAAGAAAAACAAAAAUCAGAUUCUGAGAGUGAGCUGGAGGCAGCAAGGACCAGUUCCCCGAUUAAUCUCACAGAGCAACAAGCCAUAUGUAAUAUUCAAAUUUGGGUGUAA